CUCUUUCAACGACAGUAUUUGCAGCAGAGUCAUAGCGACGAAUGCUCCGAUUCGUCAGAAGUAACGUAAGAGCGUUUAGCUGCUCUCCACUCAACGAGCGUGCAGCCAGCCUCAGCCAAUGUUAUUCCCGACAACUAUCAGACUUCUCUACCAGCGGCCCGGAUCUGUUGAAACCAGCAGUAACUCCGGAUAAAGCUUGAGCUUGCUUGGUUUAAUCGACUCGCGGAUGCCCAGCUUUUCUUUACGGGUGGGUUCUUCUGGGCUGUUGGGACUAUGAAGCUCUAGAUCUUGAUCUCAUCAUCAUUCCCACAACUUGGCUCGAAAUCACCUUUACUCAUUUCCUCGAACCUCAGCUAAACUUUGACAAAGAAGACGCCUUGGGCACGUAGAUGGUAACAUGUCGGCCAGCCCAGAGAUCGCAUUGCCGAAGGACUCAGAGUUGGGAGUCGAGACACUAAUUUGCAGUCCGGAAAUAACGACCUUCCCUGUGGACAACUUCCGACGAAGUUCUGACCCCGCUUUCAGCAGCAGCAAAGAUCUGGAGAGAGGAAGUUACAAUGAGCAGGAGGAGGAUGUGACAGACAGCGCGGUUCCUGUUGAUCUCAGUGAUGGGGAAAUUGUUUGGCGAUAUCUGACUUUUGAGAUGGAGGUUCCACAUCCGACAAGCUUGCAUCCGUCAAAACGUAUGACGACGGGUGGCGAACAUUGCCCACCUCCAGAGUCGCCAGACCUUGUCAAGUACACAAACCCGUUCGAUUGGACUGAGAAGAGAAAGAACUUCACAAUAUGGGUUGCGUGUGCCAUCACAGCUCUGACAGCCUAUGCGGCUGGAUCGUACACCCCCGGUGUUGCGCAAAUGUCGGCUGAAUGGGGCGUUAGCAAUGUUGCCAUCCUGGUUGGUAUCACAACCUUUACCACAGGUUUUGGUGUCGCACCCAUGGUGUUGGCUCCAUUCUCCGAGAUCAAUGGCCGUCGCCCAGUGUUUAUCGCUUCCGGCAUCCUGUUCGUUAUCUGUCAACUAUGCACGGGCUUUACACAGUCAUACGCAGGCAUGCUCGUCGUUCGUUUCUUAGUCGGUGUGGGAGGCUCUACGUUCUCGACCAUGGUGGGCGGUGUCGUCUCUGAUAUAUAUCACGCCGACAGCCGCAACACGCCGAUGGCCCUUUUCUCUGGCGCUGCGCUAUUUGGAACAGGCUGGGGCCCCUUGGUGUCUGGCUUCAUUGCACAGAAUCUGUCGUGGAGAUGGAUUUUCUAUAUUCAGACCAUGGCGGCUGCUGUGAUGGUUGUCUUCAUCUGCAUUAUCUUCAAGGAGACACGAGGCUCCGUGCUCCUCUCACAUAAAGCUAAAGCUUUGAACAAGUGGUACGAUGAGCGCGAAGCAGCAGGCUACUACGGCUUCAACAUUCCGGAUACCGAGAAGCCGGAGAUCAUGGUCUCGCAGCGAAUCCGGUGGAAGGUCAAAUCCGACGAGGAGCGCGCCUCGCUCAAGACCAUGAUCAGCGUAUCCUUGUACCGACCAUUCCACCUUCUUUUCACUGAGCCUGUCGUCUUCUGGUUCUCGCUAUGGGUCGCUUUCUCGUGGGCUGUCCUGUAUCUGACACUCGCCGCCAUCCCACUCGUCUUUCAGAGAAACCACGGCUUCUCUCUGCAGCAGUCCAAUGCCGUCUUCGCAGCAAUGUGCGUAGGCGCAAUCAUCGCCAGCGCUCUCUCUAUCUACCAAGAAAGGAUCGCCCGCAAGGCUGGCAAGUUCACCAACACCCCAGAAGAUCGGCUUUACUUUGCAUGUGUGGAGAGCGCAUGUCUGCCCAUUGGCCUGUUCAUGUUCGGUUGGACGAGCUCAGGCAGCAUCCACUGGGUCGUACCAGCAAUUGCCAUCUCAAUUGCCACUAUCGGCAUCUUCACCGUCUACCUCUGCGUGUUCAACUAUCUCGCGGAUACAUACCACCGCUACGCCAGUUCAGCACUCGCGGCUCAGUCGUUCUGCAGAAACAUCCUGGGUGGUGUCUUCCCUCUCGUCACAACUCAAAUGUACAACGACCUGGGGUUCGGGCCGGCAAGCAGCUUGCUCGGAGGCAUUGCUACUCUACUCACAGUGGUUCCGUGGAUUCUAGUCUUCUAUGGUCCGAGAAUAAGAGCGAGAAGCAAGUUCGCGAGUGAGAUAAUGAACACAUGAGUAGGCGAUCGAUGUCGCUGUGAGGCCACAGAUGUAGACUUCAAAAGUAAUAUAUUCUUUGCACAGAAGAACGUCACAGCCGUCAUCAUGAGGGUUCACGUUUCUGUCAUUAGACGAACACCUUGGCUUUUCACUCGAGCAUACUUUCGCGUGAAAUCACCUUGAGAUAGCUUAUGACAUGAUUGUUUGAACACAGACUCGGAAGCCUGGCAUUCCAAAGUGAGUCUAUUGUCG